AUGAACACCCACUCACAAUCAGCCACCACCACCAGCAGCCCCCCCUCCACGCAAUCAUUCCCCGACCAAGACCGGCCAUGGCGCGAGCGUCUCAAGCCGGACUGGCCCUUGCCGCAGAUCCAGAACGUGGUAGCGACAUGCAACCUGGAUUGCCGGCUCGACCUAGCCGUAAUCGCGCAGCACGCGCGCAACGUCGAGUACAACCGCGAGAAGUUCCACGCGCUGAUCAUGCGCAUCCGCGAGCCGCGCACCACCACGCUCGUCUUCGCGUCGGGCCGCCUCGUGGUGACGGGCGCCAAGUCGGCAGGGCUCGCGCGCCUGGCCGCCCGUCGCCACGCGCGCGCCAUCCAGAAGUGCGGCUUCCGGACCAGCUUCCGCGACUUUGCCGUGCAGAACUUUGUGGGUUCGGUCUCGUGCGGCUUCCACAUCCGCCUCGAGGGGCUGGCGCGCCGCGCGUAUCAGUCGUGCACGCACGAGCCGGAGCUGUUUCCGGGCCUGGUGUUUACCAUGAUGAAGCCCAAGCUCAAGUGCUUGGUGUUUACCACCGGUAAGGUCGUCUUCACCGGCGCCAAGAGCGAGGAUCAGGUGUACGAGGCGUUUGCGAAUCUGUAUCCGCUGCUGUUGGAUUUCAGGGUGAACAGCGUCGCGGCUGUGCCUCCCUGGUUGAAGGAGACCGCUCCGAAGGCAGAGGCUAGAUCAAAAAGGAAACGGUGA